UCUCUUCCUGUGUCUUAGUUAAUUUUCUAAUUAGCCCCCCGCCAUAAUAAGAAAUCAAGGAGACAUGGCGUUUCAUGAUAUUAAGGUGCUUUUACCCGUUCUCUGCGUUAUUCUACUUAUACUUUCAUCAGGAACCAAACUUUCUGAGUCCGCAAGAGUCUUCACCAUAAUAAACAACUGCAAAGAGACAAUCUGGCCUGCAGUUACACCAGGGGAGAACUUUAAUGGCGGUGGUUUUGAGCUUAAACCAGGCCAAUCCAUAGUUUUAACCGCUCCGGUGAGUUGGUCCGGGCGGAUAUGGGGUCGAACCGGCUGUAAAUUUGACAGCAACGGCAGCGGCAAAUGCCAGACCGGUGCCUGCGGUUCUUCCCUCAAGUGCGGAGCCUCCGGGGAUCCCCCGGCUUCACUCGCCGAGUUCACCCUCGCAGCACUUGACUUCUACGAUGUCAGCCUUGUCGACGGCUUUAACUUGCCAAUGAGUGUUACACCCAUCAAUGGAAAGGGAAACUGCAGCGUUGCCGGAUGCGACGGCGACUUGAGGACCUUCUGCCCGUCGGAGCUAUCCUUGAAAGCCAACGGGAAGGUAAUUGCAUGCCGAAGCGCAUGCGAUGUUUUCAACACGGAUGAGUAUUGUUGCAGAGGAGUUCAUGGGAAUCCACUUACAUGUCAGCCAACAUUUUAUUCGAAGAAGUUUAAGGAGGCUUGCCCUACCGCUUAUAGUUAUGCGUACGAUGAUCCCACCAGUAUAUUUACGUGCUCCGGGACCGACUAUGUCGUCAGCUUCUGCUCAUCCAGGAGCCAACAAGUGUGCACGUAUCAUAACAAGAAGCUCGUCUGCAGCGGCGCUAGCGCGUCAAGAGGCUUAAAAUCUUUGAUUAAUGGAAGAUGGUCGGCUCUGAUUAUUCUUGCAGCGAUGUUGAUACUUAAAUAAUUUGUGGACUAUGAGUUAAUUAAAAUAAAUUCUAUAUCUUUCUUUUUUUUUUCUUUUUUUUUUUUUUGGGAUGGUUGGAGCUUCUGUAUAUAUAUAGUACUCCACAUCAUGUGUGUACAAUAUUAUUCUGUAAAUUAUAUAUA